AUGUUAUUUAUAAAUCUCGCAGGAUAUGUCAAAUCUAUACCUCAUCACAAAGGCAAAAUCAAUUCUAUUUUAAGAAAAUUGGCAAUUCUUGAAAAAUUUUCAACUCCUCCUCAAUAUAAACCAACACCAACGAAUUUCCAAGAGCAAAUUAUAUAUCCUACGUCAUCUGUUUACAAAAUUCUGCAAUCAUUGGCCGGAAAAGCUGCACAAAUUAAAUUUUCCGACAUACUCAAUGAAUUCAAGGAAUUAACAACAGAUCAUGAAGAGCUCGACAUACUCAUAAGUCAUCUCUUUGAUAUGGCAUGGACAGUUCAUGAAUUUCCCUUCUUUUCUCAAUCCGGAAAGGUUUUUAAUUUUUUGAAUGUCAAAACUUCUGUUUUCGAGCCUCCUUACUUAGACGAGAAGUACCAAUCACUUACAAUUAAUGAAUUAAGCUCUAGUGGCUGGCCGUACCAACCUGUUGUCGAAAUUUUGAAUUCAUUAUUUUAUAUUGUUAAUCCGAUUGAAGGUGCGAAGAUUUUCUACGACGCCAUGGAUAAAACAGCAAACAUAGUUACGGAAUCAACAGAAGAAGAGGAACUUGUCAAUUUCGAUACACUUUUCCCACUAAUUUUAAUUUCUGUCCUGGCAAGUGGCCUCGUUUGCGAGCCAAUCAUCUUAGAAUAUGUUGCAAUGCUUGCAACAUCAAAUUAUCCUGAUUCAAUUGUUGUUUUCGCCGCUUCUUACGUAGAAGCAAUUUUGGCUCAUUUAAGUAGCCUCGAUGAAACAGGAAAACCUUUACCUAAGCCUGAAGAAGAUGAACUUUAA